AUGAGUAAUUUAGAGUGGAGGGAUCGAAUGGAGAAGAUGAAGUUAGAGUGCUGGAUCAAAGAGGUCAAAGAAGAAAUCAAAGAGUUGAAACGCCUAGGCAGGUGGAUGAAGGAAAAAGAAUGCGAUAAGUUGGACAAGUUGCGUAAAGAGCGGGCAAAGUACCAGGCGAGGAUACGCAAAAUCGAGUCACGUACGGAGGGGUUCGUUUACAGGGAGCCCGUGUUUACGUUCGAUCCGCCUAUUUCCGACGAUGACACAUUCGCGGACCUCGAUGUAGUCGAGGUAGUCGAGGUCGAGGAAGAGAUUUUGGUCCUGAUCCGUGAAAUCCGACGGACGCGCGCGAAUUGA